CGGAAGGUGGUUUUGUGCGCAGCUGUUUAUCUCCCCCCACGGGAAAAAUGGCGUUGCCCGUGAGUGUAGGAGCGCUCCUAGAAUCAGAAGUAUUAGAGGAUCCAUUAUACAAAGAUGAAGGUCUCUGUGUACUUGGUAUAUUCGGUAAGACUGCAAUGCUACCCGGAUCACCGAAAGAGUUUCUAAUCAACACGCUCGCGGACAAGCACAUCUAUCCACUCCUUGGACUGGAUGAGACAGACAAUCAGAACUGUGGAAGCUUGAUUCAGGCGUACUACAGCCAAGAAAACCGCGUAUUGUAUCUAGUGCUUACUUCAGUUUGUGACAACCGACAGCUUUUGUGGGCGUGUGAGUCUUUGAGUACGGGCAUCGGACACUCGGAGGCGCAAGAAUUCUGGAAAGGAGCAGAUAAACAGCAUUGCUUAGCAUUGCUUUAUCUAUUCUCGUUGUGCCAUGUCCUGCUACUGGUCCAUCCUACAUGCUGUUUUGAUGUCACCUAUGACAGAUUGUUCUGUGCUCUGGAUGCACUUCGCCAGAAAGUUCUGCCAUUACUACGUGCUGCAAUCAUGGAUUCCAUCAUAUCCAAAGAAUGGAAGGUGAACUGCCGCCCCUGUCCCCCGCGCCUGCUAUUUGUAUUCCAAAUGAAUGGAGCCCUGAGAAGCUAUGGUGGAAAUGGUUCAGAUACUUCUGGGGGAAAUGCAGACAAGCCCAAGAAACACUCGCCAAGAAGACGCCUCCAGCAUGCAUUGGAAGACCAGAUAUAUCGCAUUUUCCGGAAAAGUCGUGUCCUCACCAACCAGAGCAGUAAUUGCUUGUUCACUGUCCCUGCUAACCAGGCGUUUGUUUACAUGGUGCCUGGCCCAGAGGAGGACCCAGUGGCAGCUGUGCUGGGGCAGCUGCGCUCCAACUGCACCCUGAGGGAAAAUGACACCAACACCUCGGUGUCUGGACCCAGGCGCUACCAACAAAUGCGUUACUCUGCGAGACAACCAUCCUUCAAUGUAGAAAGCAGCAGCCUCUCAGGGGGGCAACUAGUGGAUUGUAGUCUGAAGGAGUUCCUUUGGCAGCAUGUCGAACUGGUGUUGACCAAGAAAGGCUUUGAUGACAGCGUUGGUCGCAAUCCGCAACCUUCCCAUUUUGAGCUGCCAACCUACUCCAAGUGGGCACAAGUGGCCUACAGGCUGCAUCAGGUCAUGAUAGCCAACACAGAGGGGGAAACUGCCGAGCUGGCCGUCAAAGUGCAGAGUCAGCUUAAGUUUUUGGAGGGUUUCCUGGACGCAGACGCCAAGUUCUCUGAGAACCGCUGCCAGAAAGCCCUGCCACUGGCACAUAGCGCCUACCAGUCCAACCUUCCCCAUAACUAUACCACCACCGUGCACAAAAACCAACUGACACAAGCACUUCGGAUCUACAGCCAGCAUGCACGUGGCGUAGCUUUUCAGCGCUAUGCCUUGCAGUUGCAUGAGGACUGCUACAAGUUCUGGAGUAAUGGGCAUCAGUUAUGUGAAGAGCGCAGUCUGACGGACCAACACUGUGUGCACAAGUUUCACCUGCUGCCUCAGCCAGGUAAAGCCUCAAUCACUGUACAGAACAUACUACUGUUACUAUCAUUUCUAAAAUAUUUUUCCUUAUUUAUAACACAAAUUAAAGGUAUAACAGGUAUCUACAGAGUUGGUGGUCAGUGUACCUCAGAAUAUCAAUGUUGAAUUGUGGUGUUUAUUAUGGCUAAAAACUGUCUUCUAUGGGGUUUUCUCGUUUGGGAAAAAGACGGUCCUCCUCCGUGACCCGGAAACUGUUAAGUGGUCGAGGAGUGUGUCAAUUCGUUAGUAGGCAAAUGGAAGAGUGUCCUCCCCUCCUCGAUAUCCACCUUUCAUCGAGGAUACUCGUGUAUCUUACCGCGGAAGAGUUUUGAAAUCUGCCACACCCCCAUUGUCAGCUUUUGCUUUGUCAGAGGAGAAAAACAUGCACACGGUUAAAAACAAUAUGCUACUUAUUGUUUUAUCUAUAAAAUGUCUUGCACAACUAACUUAUGAUCACAUUACGCAUUUCUUUUGGGUUCCAACCCAUAAACGUCAUUUGCCUAAUGACUCGCAAGUGGAGAAGGACGGUCUCAUUUCAAGCAAGCACAUUUCCAUCCACGUUCACUCUCCUCGAUUAACUUUGACAUUUUUCAAAAGGACGCGAGAGAGGACCGAGGAGAGAGGAUGCAGGAGGUGAGCAAAUCAAUUGAUAAAAGGCCAUUGUCAUCUGCAGAUGAGAAGCCAGAGAUGGACCUCAACCCGCCCAUCCUUAACCACAACAGCAGGGGGCGUUCCACUAGCUCGUGUAACUGUGGCCGGAAGCAAGCCCCUCGUGAAGACCCCUUUGACAUCCAAGCUGCCAACUACGACUUCUACCAAGUUAGUAUCCACUUUAACAGAUCUCUGCAGAGGACACCAGCAUAACCCCAUGAUCUCUGAAAAAAUAUAUAUUCAAUUAUACUUCAGUCUUGUUUACGAUUUGUCUCACUCUGUUGCCUUGUAGAUGUUCGAGGAGAAAUGCUGCGGGAAGCUGGAGACGGUCGACUUUCCUGUUUUCCAGCCGAGCACCCCAGACCCAGCCCCGGCCUGUGAAGAAGCACCCAGGCUACCUGAGGUGGUUGCCCCAGUCCCAGUCCCAGUCCCACCGUCAGUGUCAGAGCCUGGGUCAGGGCCAUCAGAGGGGGAGAGGCUGAAGGAGAGCAUCCCAGCGUCCCACUUAGUGUCCCACACCCCUGGAGAGAGCACCAGCCUCAGCCUGGCCCUCAGCCUGGGCCAGUCCACUGACAGCUUAGGGCCCUAUGGAGACGGAGGGGGCGGUGAAGGCCAGGAGAAGAGGCCCAGCCUGGUGGACCGCCAGGCCUCCACUGUGGAGUACCUUCCAGGCAUGCUCCACUCAGGCUGCCCCAAAGGCCUGCUGCCCAAGUUCUCCAGCUGGUCGCUGGUCAAGCUGGGCCCUGCCAAGGCCUACAACACCCACACUGGCCUGGAGCAGCCAGGCUUCCUACCUGGCUCUUCCUUCCUCCUGCCCUGGGACGUGGUGAUUCGCUCCCGCUCCGAAGACGAUGUGGGCUUAACUGAGCCCUUGGAUUGGGGACCCGCCUCCUGGCCAGCCCCCAACAAAACCCUGGUGGGGAAGCGGGGGAGUGCAGGGGGCCUUGGCCGGGGACGCAGGCGGGAUGAUGUGGCCCGGGCCUUUGUGGGCUUUGAGUAUGAGGACAGUAGGGGCCGGCGUUUCCUCAGCUCAGGACCUGAUAAAGUGGUGAAAGUGCUGGGGCCUGGAGGGGCCAAAGAGCCGGCCACCAGGGCCCUGAACACAGACAUGCCCCUGUACAUCCCCUCUCCGGCCCAGGGGCGUGGCCUGAAGACCCACUACGCCCAGCUGGCGCGCCUCUACAUUGUGGUCCCUGAUGCCCCCCUGGAGAUAACACUCAACCCACAGGUACACUUGCCUGGCCUACAUUUCCCUAUCAACUGGUGUGUGUCACCAGGAAAACAUGAGAGGAAUUUACUUAUCUAUCUUGAUAGAUAAGCUAUUAUGCUUAAUUCUCAAUGCAAUUACAACUGAACUCAUAGUGUGUUCUUAGUGUAGCAAUAUGCUGUGUGGAGAUGAAUUUUGUGUUGGCAAAUAGUCCCUUUGUUGAUUAAUGAGAAAGAUGUAAUGCUUGAUUGAUGUUGACUGUAAAACGCUGCCCCUCUUCUUCUUUUUGUUCUUAGGUCCAACCGGGCCCAACUCCCUGUCCAGUGUUCCACCCCGAGCAGACAGAGCUGGUGCUGCCCCCCGAUGGCCUGUGGGUCCUACGUUUCCCCUACUCCUAUGUCACAGACCGUGGUCCAUGCUACCCACCUAAAGAGAACCAGCCCCUGGCCAACUACAAGGUCCUCAGAGGCAUCCUGCGUGCCAACACUGUCAGCCCUCUUCCACCACAGUAACCCCCACUCCCACAAUAGCACCGCAAUGUGGCUCUCACACUUAUUUGCAAGGUUAGUGUAAAAAUGACUGAGUCAGUUGGACUGUGUUCUCUUGCCUAGUGUCGUUUCAUCCCCUAAAAUACUAUUUUGAGUUAAAUGGAAUUGGACUGGGUUAGUUGAUUUAUGAAUGGCAAUCUCUCAAAAUAAAAAGGUGUUGAUCUGCAUUGAACUGCGUCUCCACUUGGAUAUAUUCAAUGAAGAUCUUGUUCUCUGACCUCUUUUGUUCAUGGUCCUUUCAAACAGCUCUUACACUAAAAGGGCAUUAUCAUAAUUUUCACAAUUUCACAGUAUUAUUCCAACCUAAUAUUGUGGAAAUCUAUAUAAAACACAGGAAAAUCACGUUUUUGACUGCACUGGGCCUUUAAGGAGAGAAUAAAUGGCAUUUUAUGGA